CCUACCUUGAGUGGUUUGCAAACUUAAUUAGAAUUUUGAAAACUGUUAUAAUGAACAUCUUUUAGUUGUUAAAACGCUUCUGCAUGUAUAUUGUGCAAAACCGAAAUGCUUUUGCUCUCUAUCAAGAAUAAUUGUGUGAAAAAUCCUUUGUAAAAACAGGUUGAAAAGAUGCCACCAAAACGAAGAACUCGUGUUGGUUCUAGUUCCUCCGGGUUGUUCGAUUAUAACAACAAAGUAGAGUUGACAUUUAAAAGUCAGUCGAAAGCUUUAGACGCUGUUGCAGACGUUGGGGACUCCGGAUCCGACGAUGAUUAUAACUUGCCUGUUUUGAAAAAGAAAACAAAAAUGAGAAGCGAGGGUACAUGCAGUAGUUCUGAGUCCAGUAGCGCAAGUGACAGCGAUGAUGAUCUAAAGAAAAACAGCGCAGAUAAGGAUGUGUAUGAAAUACCAGAUGAUGACGAUGAUGUCAGACCUAAUGUCAAUCCCAGACCCAUAACCCCUCCUCCAAAAAUCCCUGGUAAUCCUUUGUCCGGAAUUAGCAGGCAAUCAGUCAGAAUGUCAAGGGCAAUGGGGGAAAAGUUGAGGUACCUUGAAUAUCUGCAAAAAGACGAAACACCAUCACCAGUCACCAAACAGUCAGACGUUGUUAUUGUUGGUGAUAAUUAUGGCACACCAAGUUCUGCAGAUAGGAAAAUGACCAUUAGAAUACGGACUAGAGCUGGAGUGGAACGAUUUCAAUUGAGGAUGAAUGAAAUAUUCCAAGAAAUCUUCCAUAAACUGGCGAAAAAGCAUAAUGAAGACGUUGAUUCACUUUCACUCUCGUUUACUGACACACAAGGAAAUUUUCAGACAUUACGAUUAACAGAUACUCCCAAUUCUGUUAAUUUGAGCGUUGCUGAUAUCAUUGAUUGCGUUGUGGUUCAUUCGGCACCGACAGUGAACGAAUCUUUUGAAAAUAGUGAGAACGUAGUGAACAUAAAAAUACAAGGCUCUGACAGUCACUCAGUAAAACAUUUCAAAGCACACAAGAACGAACCGCUGGGGAAAAUUAUGCAACAAUAUGCUGAUUUUCGAGAAAUACCAUUGUCCAAGCUGAAAUUCUCAUUUGACGGUGAAGCGAUGACCUCAGAGCAAUCCCCGGAUGAUCUUGACAUGGAUGACGAGAAUGUUGUGGAUGUGCAGAUCAGAUAGCGCGAUUGAGUUUACGUUUAGGGAAAGAAGCAGGUUUUGUGUCUAGUCGAUGAAAUAUGUAUAUAUAUAUAUAUUACCCAAUGUGGAUUUUUUCGAAUUAUUGUAGAAACGAGUUGACUGCAACCAUUGCUUUAUCGCUUGUAAAUAUGCACGCAAAAUUAGAAUAAUUUAAUUUCGAACUUUUAAAACCGCUUUUCCACUGAAUGGUAAUAGUGUACCAUGACCAUACUACCAAGCACCAUUCCAUAUCAUGUACCAUUCCCAAAGCCCACGAUGAAGCAUACCACCCACCACCGUACCAUUCCAUACCAUGUACAAUACCAUAGAAAGCACUAUAAUAUACCACCUGUAAAGGAUACCAUACCACCAACAUACAAUUCCAUACCAUGUACCAUACCAUAAUACGCGCUAUACCAUACCACCUGUAAAGCAUUUUCCAUACCAUACACCAUUUCAUACUACACCAAGCACCACACCA